UAUUAUAUUUUCCUGUAAAAUGAGCUUUAAAGUUCAAUAAAAAUUUCAAAUAUAGUCACGUGAUCUGAAACGGCACGUUAUUGGUGUGACGUCAUGAUGCGAGCGCCCGUCUGCGCGCGCGUUCAAUCAGUGUAUUUCCAACCUCAACUUCAUGACAGAUUCUUGAGUAUCAGUAUAAGAAUGGCAAAUAAACUUGAAUCCGGCUUUGUAAAAGCCGAUGCACGUAAUCUGCCACGAAUUGAUAUGUUUAUGAUAUUAGAUUUUAUUAAAAAAAGUGACAACUUUAACUGUGGAGAAGUACGCAAUGUAAAAUUAGCAGCAUCAUCUCGAACAAGCUAUGGAGAUCAAGCGAUAGGUUAUGUGUGUCUCAAAAGAGACGGAGAGAUCUGCGAGUCACGCCACGAGAAUCAUCCGCUCCCCAUGCGACCAUAUGCUACCGAACUUCGGCUCCAUUCGGCGCUCGCAUCGUGACGUCACGAACUGUUCGGUUCUUUCCGGAACGUUCGAAUACAGCUUCGCGGGUCCGAUUAUUUAACAAGCCAUAACUUGUUAAAUAAUUGAGAAAAAAAAUUGGGGAAAAAAUUUGUAUCAUAAACUCAUAUACAUAGAUUAAAAUUCCGUUAAAAAAAAAUUGCUUUACAACCCUAUUGCCAGUAAGAUCGUUUCCACGCUUAUUUAAAUUUUUGUAUUUAUAUUCAUAACCCUUUUCUUAUGAGAGAGAAUAGCA